GCGCGGCAUAACAGUCGUUAGAUGGAUACGGUUACGUUACCAUCGUAGAUUUAAAAUUUUAAUUAAUUGCAAAAAAUUAAAAAUACCAUAUUUUAUAACUGUGCACGCGUGUUUCUAAUUACAGUGAAAUAGUCCAAAGGAAAACUUGAAAAUCUUCGUUCGUUUUUUUAAGUGUUAUGCGACAUAGUUUAUUACUAUAUUAAACUCAUGAUAUCUACAUAGGACGGUGUAUAUUAGAUAUUAUUGGAUGCGUGUGGUAUCACUGCAAUGUGAUACCACACUGAUUGUCACCACGGAUAUAAGCAAGAAAGAGGAAAAGCGACCUAAAAGAAAAAGAAUUUCCGAUAUGAAGAUCGACGUACGCGGACUGAAGUGUGCAACCGCACUCCGUGCCGUGAAAGUUGCGAUGUACGAAAGUAGCUGCUCCUACGGUGGGGCUCUAGAACUCAAAAGAAGUGCACUCAAAGAAGAACCUUGGCCAACAACAGAAUGGCCGCCUUACCGCCUUCAUCAGUCAACAUUCGAGCAACUGAAACAGAGCGUGGAGAAAGCCAAAGCUGCAUUACAAGAUCGGUCAAGUCUCUUGGGUUCAGCAUCGGCAUUCGGUGACUUUUACGGAGGACAGUUGGGUCAAGAUGGCACGACUAUUGGCUUCGGAAGGACGUCCAGAACCGAGGAAUCAAUGCUCGGACCAGCUGAUAAGACUAAAACAUUAGGAACUGAGAAGUUAGCAAGUGGACUCAGUAAGGGAUACAGUACAUCUAGUCUAUCUGACACCUUAAGAGCAACUAAAUGUUCGGACGCAUCGUACAAAAGCUCAUGGUCAACACAUGCAACGACACAGGGUUCACAAGGCUAUGGAACAAAUUCGUUAUCGGCGAUGUCAAAAUCCACAUUGGAUGCACAUACACAUCUGAGGCAGCCAGAUCCAUAUCAGAUGUUUGGACCCACAAGCAGUCGUCUAGCUAAUUCAGGCUCAGGACAAAUUCAGUUAUGGCAAUUUCUGCUUGAACUACUCAGUGACUCGAGCAAUGCGGGCUGCAUCACUUGGGAAGGCACAAAUGGAGAGUUUAAACUAACAGAUCCAGAUGAAGUGGCGCGGCGAUGGGGUGAACGGAAGUCUAAACCAAACAUGAACUACGAUAAACUGAGUCGAGCCCUAAGAUAUUACUACGACAAGAACAUAAUGACGAAGGUACACGGCAAGCGGUACGCAUACAAGUUUGACUUCCAAGGGCUAGCAGCUGCAACUCAACCGGCGGCCACAGACCAGGCGUACAAAUACCAGAGCGAUCUAUUUAUGAGCUCAUAUCAUCAUUCGGCGAAGUUGUCUUCCUUUAUGGCACCUCAUGCUGCGAUGCCAACGUCAACAGCCUUUGUUCCAGCGUCAAUAUUUCCAUCAGCAUCUUGGAGUAAUUGGGGCGGUGGUGGCAGCAACCUCUACUCGCCACAUUCAAUGGCUCCUCCCCACGUCGCGUCGCACCUGGGCUCAUAUCCACAUUACGCAUGACCAUCUUUCGGAACUGACUUACGACCUAUCCAACCAGUAUUAAACAAUGAUAAACUUUUAUUUUAAAGUUCAAUGGUUGUGUUAUAAAGUUAUAUUUGAUCAUAUAUUUUUAUGUAAUUUAUCCGAUAAAAAAUCAUAUUGCUAUACUCCUAUUGGUACUUAAAAUUAUCGUCUGUUCAGAUAAUACCUUCAGAGUAUAGUGGAUUUUGAUCGAGCGAGUUGAGAUCGAGUUGGACGCGAUGCCGACGGUAAAUGGUCCUUGCAAGGGUGGAUGACCAAAGACCAAAAUCAUGCUAUCAUAAAAGUUUUUGUCUGAGUAAUCGAUCUCAAUUAAUUAUUUUUUACUUAUUAACGCCAAAUUAAACUUUAAUAAGUACCUUAUUAGGAGUGAUCGACGUCGAUGGCAUUGUCAUUUAAGUGGAAUCCAAGUCGAGACGUUGAUAUUAUUUUGUUUGGAAACUAAAUUAUAAUUUUGAGGUAUGAGAAAGUAUACAUACUUCGCUGUUAUUUUAUUUAUGAAUAUAUUUAACGCAAAGAUUUUAUUUAUGUUGAUUUAUUCAAUUAUAUUAAAAAAUUAGGCAAUCGCAAGACUAGUCUUUUUAUCAAAAUUUUGUAAAUAAAUAAUAAAUACCUACUCAUAAACAUUAAGUAGAGGUAUUAUUUAUGUAGGUUAUUGAAAUAAUUAGUUGUAACAUCCUAUAAUCAAAUUAAUAUAAUACUUAAAAAUUGGUAAAGGCAUAUUAAUUUAUUUUAACAAUAAAUGUGGAUUAUUUAUAAGUUAUUUUGAUUAAGCUUUUUCAUUUGCAUCAAGUUUAUAUCUUCUUUUAUGGGAAUGAAAAUGUCUACUGUAAAUAGGUAAUAUGAUUAGUUAUGUUAUUAAGUGCAAUCAUAAUACGUUUAAUAAAUAGUUAUAUGAUUUAUUUAUGUACGUAUCUUGUGUAUAUACAUGUGUAUAUCAAAAAAUAUAAUAUGUGCGCGUAUAUAUCAAGUCAUAUAUACUUUAAAAAGAUAGCCAUCACCGAUACUAUUUAAAAUGAAGUAAGGAACUGAUUGUUUUUUAGUUUUUUUAGUUCCUACAGAACAUUUAAAUAAGUAUUUCUGUUGGACAGCACUAAGAGGACAAAACGGUAUUAAUAAAUAUAAUCCAGUUAAGACCGUGUGUCUAUGAUUAUACCAAGAAGGCAAUAUAUUAAGAUCCUAAUUACCCUACAUCCCUUAAUCCGUAAGGAUAAGAAAAAAAUUCCUUCUUGAACAAAACAUAUUAUUGUCUUAUUUAGUGGGCGUUCCGUCUUGCAUUGUAGUUGCGGUCGGUAUUUAUUCAUCAUAAAAUACAAUCAAAUGUAGUAGGUAUAAGUAUAUAAUAUACCAAAGAAUACAAUUAUAUAUGGUGUAACAUUAUGACAUUAUUCUCAUCACAGUCUUAUCUUUUGCAACCAUAUGAUUUUUAUAUAUGUAGGAACCUCGUAGCUCCGUAGAGCUCAUGUUGCGUUUUACACUACAUACACCACUUUAUUAUCUGUGAUUGCUGAGAAUUAUCGUGGGAUAUUAUUUUUAGGAAAAGAUAUAGUAAGUGGAAUAUAAACCAUGUCACUAUACGCUCAGCAUGCAAUAUAAAAGGACACUGGAACUUCCUUAUAUGAAUAUAGAUCAACAUUUUUAUUUAAAAUUAACAUUUUAUAAGUUGUGUUCUCUUAAUACAAGGGCGUCGCCGGGGUUAAGAAAGUGGCAGCUGAGAGAUGUUUAAAUUUUGAUUGCCUAUAUUUUAGAUUAUUCGCAUUCUCCAUAAGAUCAACUUGCAACCAUGGGCACAGAUUGUGGUAUGCAAAUAGCCAGAAUCUUUACUUUAUUAUUUAAUACAUUACUCCAACUAAAGCUUGUAUUUAAAAUUUAAAACGAUAUCACAAUUACGAUACAAAUAUUAGUUUAUUAUUAAUAAACCUAUUGAUUUUACUAAUACGUUCAUAUCAUUCCAAUAUACUUAUAUAAUUAGUUUAAUUAUAAUUAAUAGUUACCUUUAUUGUGAUGAUAGUGUUCCGUAAAAUAUUUGUUCUUUGCAAUGAUUACUAUCCAUUCUACUUGACAUGUUCUGUAGAAAUCGUGUAUUUUAAACAAAUUUCUAUAUGGGAAAAAACGCAAUUUUGAGCACUAAUACUAGUUUAGUAGAGUUGAUAAUACUCAUUCAAAUUAUUUUUAUGAAGUGUUUUAUUUAAAUGCAUGUGUCUAAUAUACAUUAUAGUUAGCCGUAGAAUCAUUGUAUAGAUGUUAUAAUUGUACUUGCAAAAUAAAGAGAAUUGAAAAUA